AUGCAAAUCAUGUGGGCAACGAUCAUGUUAGUUUUGAUAAUAGUAUUAUCAAAAUCUAUAGAAACAAAGGGAAACGAGAAAGUAAAUGAUCUUGCGCUAAACGCAUUGAAGCACUUUGAAAGCAAGAAGGUCACAAAAGUGUGUUGUAAAAUCCUACUCAGUCUUCCAGAAGACUGUUUUGGUACUUUGUUACCUGUGCGGUGGAUCUAUGAUGCUGUACUUAAAACUGCCUGCAGAGCACUAGGUUAUCCCAAAUAA